AUGAAUCUUUGCGGUAAAAGGGGAAAGAAUGAAUUUGGCAAUAGAAUUGUGAAUCAGAUACUUACACUUCUUGAUGGAAUGGAAGAUAGGGGAGAAGUCUAUCUAAUUGGUGCCACGAAUAGAAUAAAAUCUAUUGAUAGGGCUCUAAUGCGACCUGGGAGAUUUGAUAAGAUUAUUGAAGUUCCACUUCCUAAGGAAAAUGAAAGGCUCGAGAUUUUUUCCAAAUGUAUCAGGAACUUGCCAGCCGAGCAGUUUGAUUUCAGCUUGCUCAAUUUAGAUGGGUUUUCAUCAGCUGAUAUUUCUGGGAUAUUACAAAUUCUCGAUAAAUUUGCUCCUUUGAACCCAGAGAAGCUACUAGUUGAGCAAAUGGAGAAACCAUGCCAGAGACUGUUGACAGUUCUAUGGAAACUGCGGCCAUUGAAGAAAUCCCUACUAUUGAUGGUGAAGCAGCAAAUACGAUAG